UUGUGACUCAUACUUUACUAUUCCAAUCACUAUUAACCGUUGUAGCUUCUUAGCAAACGAACUUUUUGCCAAAUUAAUAUAAUUCAGGGAUUUUAAUUUUGUAAAUUUACUUUAUACAAUAUGUCAUACCAACAAUGUGGAAUGCCUGAUCAAACGUUUCUUUGGGAUGUAUUUCAAAGGGUCGAUAAGGACAGGAGUGGACAUAUAUCUGCAGAUGAAUUACAGGUGGCUCUUUCCAAUGGCACGUGGUCAGCUUUUAACCCGGAAACAGUUCGGCUUAUGAUUGGAAUGUUUGAUCGCCAAAACAGAGGAACUGUAUCUUUCGAGGAUUUCGGAGCAUUGUGGAAAUAUGUAACUGAUUGGCAAAAUUGUUUUCGUUCAUUCGACCGUGACAAUUCCGGGAAUAUUGACAAGCAGGAACUUAAAACCGCUCUAACUUCAUUCGGAUAUCGCUUAUCUGACAAUCUCAUUGAAAUAUUGCUCCGUAAAUUUGAUCGGUUUGGCCGAGGAACUAUUCUUUUCGAUGAUUUCAUCCAAUGCUGUAUUGUCCUCUAUACUUUGACUACAGCAUUCAAGCAACAUGAUACAGACAUGGAUGGUGUGAUAACAAUCCACUACGAACAGUUUUUAAGCAUGGUUUUUUCACUUAAAAUUUAAUAAUCACAUGUCCAAACUUAUAUUACAAAAACAUAACUUUAUUGUAUGUAUACAAAUAUGUAAAUAGCACGAAUGACCCUUUUUUAAAAAGUAUAUAUUUGUGAAAAUGU